CAAAUGUACAAAUGGAUUUCGAUAUAAGGUCGCUAGGGUUAGGGUUUUUACAAAGUGAAUGUUGGGUGGGCCGCCUAAGAGAGGAAGCAGAGAGUAAAGAGAAGAUGAAGACCAUACUCUCCUCGGAGACAAUGGACAUCCCCGAUGGGGUUAAUAUCAAAGUGAAGGCCAAGAUGAUCGAGGUUGAGGGCCCCAGGGGUAAGCUCACCCGCAACUUUAAGCACCUCAACCUUGACUUCCAUCUCAUCAAGGACGAGGAGACUGGCAAGCGCAAGCUCAGGAUUGAGGCUUGGUUUGGCUCCAGGAAGACCAGCGCCGCCAUCCGUACUGCUCUCAGCCACGUUGAGAAUCUCAUCACCGGCGUCACAAAGGGAUACCGUUACAAGAUGAGGUUCGUCUACGCUCACUUUCCAAUCAACGCCUCCAUCACUAAUGGCAGCAAGUCCAUUGAGAUCCGUAACUUCCUUGGCGAGAAGAAGGUUCGGAAAGUGGAUAUGUUGGAAGGGGUUUCUAUUGUUCGAUCUGAAAAAGUUAAGGAUGAGAUCAUUUUGGAUGGUAAUGAUAUUGAACUUGUGUCACGAUCCGCAGCUUUGAUAAACCAGAAAUGCCAUGUGAAGAACAAGGAUAUUAGAAAGUUCCUUGAUGGUAUCUAUGUUAGCGAGAAGGGCAGGGUCGUUGAAGAUGAAUGAUUGUUAUCUCUUGAGUUGUAGUUAUAGUGGUAUUUUAUUUUUCUGUCAUAUUAUUAUCUUGGGACCUUGGUUUUGUUGUCUUUCCCCUCUCCCUGGAUUUCAGCUGCUGAAUACAGGAUCUUAUUGCCAUUUUAA